UUUCUACGUGAAAUUAUUAUUGAAAUAAUCAAUUAGAUUUUCUUAAAGCUGAAAUAACGUUUGACGGUUUGAGAGCAGCACCAGCGCUUAAUGGUGUGAGUGACGUCAUACAAUAAGUUUUGACAGGUGGAUCUUGUUCCGAUAUUGUUCGAUCAUGUUCAAGAAAUUAAAGGAUAAAAUUGCUGAAGAAGUAAAGCAAUCUCCGUUACGGCUUCCAACUUCUGUGCAGCAACAUUUGUCUCAGUACUCUCCUUUCACUCGGGAAGCACAUAAUGGUGAUGUCAUAGAAGCCCAACAGAUUCAAAGUGGCCUGGGGGAAAAUGCUGCAAUUCAAAGAACUCAUGAGACAUUAGUUGACAUCGCCGAAGAUGGAGAAGCAGGAAUCAACGCAUUUAGCAUAGCCGACGUUGAUAGUCGACCGUCAUCACCAUCAGGCUCAAACAAAGAAGGGCGAUUUCAACCUGUGAAUCUAAAUGAACCCAAACGAGAAAUGACGACCAGCACUCCACAAUCUGCUAACCAUACCGGUCGGCUAUCCCGCCAGUCAUCACUUAGCUCUGUUUUCAGUGAUGUCUCAUUUCUUCCUGGUUCUUCAGAUCCGACAUAUCACCCGUAUCAAUUCCAGUCGGAUCUAGAGUCUAAUGUAAGCGAAUUUGACGAUUCCGCCAGCCAGAGUGGUACGCAUGCUGUUGAUCGAAUAUCCAAAGAGCACGUUUAUAAUGCCUACCAGAAAAUGAGGGUGCGCUAUCAUAAAUAUAAAGGACGUUACUCUGAUUUGGCACGACAUUAUAAAGAACUAGAGCGCGACAGAGAAAAAGUCAAGCACGUACUAACUGAGACGCAAGAUCGAAGUCUGCGAAGGAUAUCGGAACUCAAAGAACAAUGUGUUCUGGAGCAACAAGCCAAAGCCCAUUUGGAAGAAAUUUUGAGGUCGGAUUUAGAAGAAAAAGACAAUUUAAUAGCCGUCCUGCAAACAAAAGUCAAAUUAUUGGCUUCCCCUUCGCCUUCCAUCUCCGAGGGACCAUUAGUAGACUUAAAAAAUUCCGAGACUGCCAGCAGUAAAUCGUUUGAUGAGACCGACAAAGAUGUGAAGGGAGAAGCUACAGACAAUGAAGUUCAACGAUUGAAAGAGAAACUCCAGCGUUUUGAAUCACUUCUUAUGAAAUGUAAAGAAAAUAUUAAAUCACACAUCGAACGUAACAGCGAGCUUCAGACGGAAAAUGAAACCUUAAAACAAAAAGAAACCCAAAAGAACGAAGAAAUCGACAGCGUUCAGAAAAUGCAUCGAGAUCAAUUAGCUCAACUUACAGAAAGCUUAAAUAUGGCCCGAACAGAAAUUGAAACUCUACGACGUCAAGAACAAGAAGCUGCUUUGGCAUCUGCUGAAACUAAGCAGAAAGUUCAUGCUGAACUUGUCAAACAAGAGGAGGAAAUGGUUCGGCUCCGUAAUGAGCGCGAGCAACUUAAUAACAAAGUGACUCUGUUGGAGACAGAAAUGGAUAAAAUCAAAGAACAGACGUCAAAGCAGCUACAAGACGCGGAAACAGUUCUUGAAGUGGAAAAACAAAAGCUUCUCAAGGAACUUUCGCGUGGAAAAACUGAGGCACUCAAACUAAUGGACGAGGACAUGGGCCAUCGUCUGGAAGAUUCGAAAAAGGAGAGAGACGCUCAUUGGGAAGCUGUUUUACAGAAAAAAUUAAGUGAAGAGGCAGAAAACCACGCGAGGGUGCUACGUCAGACAGAGGAGCAUUAUCGUUCGCGAUUGGCCGAGAUGCAAGAGGAAAAAACUUUGGCUCUGGAAGAAAAAGAGUUGCAUUGUGCUUCGCUAAUUUCUCGAGAAAAGAACAACCAACAAGGACUGCAGGAAGAAAUUUCAAAUCUAAAGAGUGAGAUAGAAAACAAAGAAAAAAUUGCUGAGAAGGCCCGAGAAGAAAGCCUGGAAGAGCGACGAUCUUGGGUUCAACAAAUCGAGGAAAACAGAGAGAGACAUUUAGAGGAAAUCCAGUCUGUGAGUUUGCAGAAUAAAAAACUUGUCGAAGAAAUUGAAGAACGUCAUCAAAAUGCGAUCGACACUGCCGUUUUAGGUCUUAAACAACAGCACACGAUGGAAUUGGAGAAAAUUCAGUUACAACACGAAGAACUUCUUCAAGCAGCAAAUGAAGAUAUGGAAUCUUCUGCCAAGAAUCAAAUAGAACAGCUUCGCACCCUCUUGCGUGACAAAGAUUCUGAAACGUCACAACACAGCGCAACGCUUCAGGAAUUUCAGGAGCUUUUAAAAAGCAAAGAGCUCAACAUCAGCGAUCUAUCUAGCCAAAUAAAUGUCCUUCAAGAACGAGUUACUUCCAUGAAUGCUGUGUCUGAGCAGUUGAAUUCGGCGCUUGAGCAGACUAAACUACUGGAGCCAUUAAAUCUUGAACUUCAAAAAGCGAAAGAUGAGGCUGCCUCCAUGAUUUCCCAAAUGCGUCAAUUGGAAGAAGAGAGAGAUGUUUUCAAAAAUUCUUCAAUACAACUACAAGAGAGUGAAAAAGAGUGCGAAAAGUUAAAACUUCAAAUAGAAGACUCGACUGCUGCCAUAAAUGAAAACAAGAAACAAUUGAAAUUAUUAGACGCAAUUAAGCUGGAAAUCGCCGAAUUAAAAGAAUCUAUGGACCAAAAGGAAAAAUUGGUAUUUGAAUUACAAGAUAAAGCUGAAAAAGCCGUUGAUUCCGCAAACGCUAAAGAAUCUGAAUACCAACAAAUUACUGAAAAGUUGAAUGAACACUCGCAAACUGUUCAGGCAGAAUUGACUAUCGUCAAAUUGGCACUAGAAACAAAAGACGAACAGAUUGCUCAAUUAGAACAAGCAGUUGAGAAAACUAAACUACUGGAGCCAUUAAAUCUUGAACUUGACAAAGCCAAAGAAGAAAUUGCCUCCAUGACCUCUCGUAUGCGUCAACUGGAAGAAGAAAGAGAUGCUCUAAAAAAUUCUUCAGAAUGCGAUAGCGUUCAAGUUUCUCGACUUAAAGAACAGCUAGAACAGAGUGAAAAAGAAUGCGAAAAGCUAAAAUUUAAAUUAGAAGACUCAACCGUCACUAUAUAUCAAUACAAGAAAGAAUUGGAAUUACUUGACGCAAUGAAGCUGGAAAUUGCCGAAUUAAAAGAUUUUGUGGAUCAUAAGGAAAAAUUGGUCCUAAAAUUGCAAGCUAAAGCUGAAAAAGCUAUUGAUUCCGCAAGCGCUAAAGAAUCUGAACUCCAACAAAUUACUGAAGAGUUGAACAAACAGUCGCAAGCUGUUCAGGAAGAAUUGACUAAUGUCAAAUCGGCGCUAGACGCAAAAUACGAACAGGUUGCUCAAUUAGAACAAGCUCAGAGUACAUUCAUUGCUUCUGAAUCUCAACUGAAAAAUGUCAUCGAGGAAAAAGACUUACAAAUAUCUUCUUCAGAAGCCGAAUUAGUCACAUUGAGAUCGUCGCUUAAAAAUCAGGAAGACAGUGUUUCCAAAAUGAUAGAAGAACGUUCAGAGUUGGAGCGGGCUAAGGAAGAAAUUGCUCAACAGUUAGCUGCUACCCAAGCUGAUUUAUCGGCUAUCUGCCAAGUCAAAGACCAGCGUAUUACAGAAUUGCAGGGAGAAAUUGAACAAGCCAAGUUCAACGCGACGACAAGAGAUGCCGAAUGGGAUCUAAAAACCCAUGAAUUAUCCACAAAAUUGGAAGCAACAAAUUCCGACCUAGAAGAGCUCAGAAGUUCCAUUAGUGCCAAAGAAGAACGUGUCCAUCAGCUUGAACAAGCGCAAAACCAAUGGGUAUUCGAAGAAUCUUCAUUGAAGUUGAUUGUGGAUGAGAAUGAAAAGCGUUUAACUGCGAAAGAUACAGAGCUUGAAACGCUAAGGAAGACGCUGGAUUCGAAAGAGAAACGUAUUGAUGAAUUGCAAGAAGAACUUCAACAGAUUAGUUUAAACUUAAACAUUCAAGAUUCUGAAUUGAAACAAAACAAUAGAGACUUAUCCGAUUCGUUGAAGUCAGCUCAGUCGGAAUUGGACGAAUUGAAAGCCAAGCUCUUACAAACUAAUGUGUUGUCUACUGAAUGGGAACAGAAGACCAAUGAACUUUCAAAUCAGUUGGAAAUUGCGCAAAAUGAAUUGCAAACGGUAAAUUGCACUUUGCAAACCAAGGAAGAACAAGUGCUUCAAAUGGAAGAUGAAAUAAAACAAAAGCAAAAUCUUGUCAAUGAAAGUCAACAACAGUUAGCUGACAGCGAACUUCAACUAAAUUCUAUAAAGCAGUUGCUUAACGAUAGCGAAAGACAGAUUUCCGAAUUUAAAGAGACUCUUUCUUCUUUGGAAAUUACUGCGUCAGAAUCGACUCGUCAAAUAGAAUUGCUAAACCAUUCCUUAGCCGUCAAAGAAAGCGUCAUCAUUGAUUUACAGAGCGAAGUGGCACGCAAUGGUCAACUUAUGUCGGAAAUCCAAACUUUGGAAGAGGGACAACGUCAGCAGUUGUUGGUUGAGAAAGACACGCUGGCAGAGCAAUACAAGAGUCAAAUUUCUUCAGUGGAAUCCGAAUGGCAAAGCACAGUUGCAGAUCUUAACGACAAGCUAAGCAUCAUGAAAAAGGCUGAGGAGCAAUCGAGGCUUCAGCUUGCCGCAAAGGAAGAUGCGAUUCGAGAAAUGGAAACAAACUAUUCAACUGAAAUGCAAAAGGUUUCCCAAAAUUCUUUGGCCGCUUUAUCUUCAACCCAAUUACUGGACCAAGAAUUACUUCAGAAAAAGAAUGAACUUGACGUUGCCAGUGCUCGAGCUGAUGAGCUCGAGAUGAAACUUCAAUCUUUGGUCGACCAGCAAGCCCUAAAUGAAAGUGAAAAGGAAAUCCUUAGAACAGAAAAUGACAAGCUAAAGGAAGAUCUGGAAUCUAAGAAAAUUGAAACUGGUGCUCUGGAGCUCAUGGAAAAUAAAAUAAAGUCCUUAAAUGGGGAGCUCAGUACUUUAGCUGAAGAGAAAAGUCGAUUGGAAAAUUUGUGCAAACGAUUCAAAGUCCAAUUGGCCGACACGCGGAAGUUACUUUCUGUGACGAAAUCAGCGGAAGCGAAUGCAACGAAAGAAAUUGAAGUUUCCAAUCCACCAAAAGAAGCACCUGUAGAAGCUAAGAUUAACAACAUUUUGCAAGCAGAAUUAAACCAAAAUGAAUUAAAGGGGCAUGAUCCUAAAGAAUUACUCCAACAGCAAAUCGCCAAUCUGCAGAAAGAACUUGAAGUCGUCCGUCAUCAACAUCAGGUCGAAGCAACAGAGUUAAGGCGCGUAAUCGAGUUGGGCAAAACUACGGGAUCAGGUGUUAGCGGCGCCAGUAAUGGCGUGGAGAAUAAUUUCCAUGGUUCACUGGAGGAAGCAACAGAAUUGGAAUACUUGCGCAAUAUCAUGUUCGAGUACAUGAUGGGGCGACAGCCAGCCACGCUUUCCAAAGUUGUAGCUGCUAUUGUUAAGUUCACACCGGAGCAGACUAGAAGGAUUGCAGAGAAAGAGGAACAACGUCAAAGUCUGCUUGGUCACCUUGGACUUGCUUGAAUCCAUCAUCUAAUUUUCAUCCGGAAGAAGGCUGACUUCAUUACUGCUAAGAGAACGGCUAGUCAAAUAUUUUUAAUUACGAAUUAAUCAUAGUAAAAUUAAUAUUUUAUAAUGUUUUUAAGCCUUUAAAAGGGUAAGCCUUGUUCAUGUAAAUAUUUAUAUAUAGAGUAUGGUGUUACUUAUCGUGUAACUAACAUUCCUCUAAACUUUAAUACAUAAAAUUUUGAUUUAUGGUA